CCGGGUUCGGCUGCCUGCCCACCGCUGCCCACCGCCGCCGACGCGACCCCCGCCCCGGCCGUGCCAAGAUGCUGCCGAGCGGAGCUGGGCCCCACCCCCAGCCCAGCCAUGGCCUCGCUGGACACGCUGACCCUGCUGAGUGACCCCCCGGAGCCCCUGCUCCUGCUCGGCCCCCGCCGGCUCCUCGGGCCCAGCACCCGCCCCACCCCUGCCAUGGGCAGCGUGGGAAGCGGCGUGGCCGGAGAGCAGGAGUUCGCCAUGAAGAGUGUGGGCACGCGGACGGGCAACGGGGCAUCGGGGGGGCCGCAGCUCGGACCCCGCCACAACGGCUACUCUCUGCGGGAGCUGGCCGGCCGCUACGGCUCUGAGGAGAAGGUGCUCAAGGCCGUGGAGAAGGGGGCCGCCACCCUGUUCCUCAACGGGGACCCUCGGACGGCCGGGGACCGGGCCCAGACGGACGCGGGCAGCGGUGUCCCCUCUGCCGGGCAGCGGGCCCUGCCUCCGCCACCCCAGUACCGAGAGCCCACCCACCCGCCCAAGAUCCUGCCCGUCUCCGGAAAGCCGGACCAGAGCACCGAGCCCCUGGUGAGGCCCUCGGCCUUCAAGCCGGUGGUGCCCAAGAACUUCCACUCGAUGCAGAACCUGUGCCCGCCCCAGGGCAACGGGCUGACGGAAGGGCCCCGGGGCCUAGCGGGCAGCGGAUCCAGCCCAUCGGGCCUGAAGGGGGGCGGCGUCCUGGAGAAGGGCCGAGCGGCCAACCCCGGGGGGCUCUCCGACUCCGGCCGCAACUCGCUGACCAGCCUGCCCACCUACGGCUCUGGCUACAGCCAGCCCCUGGGGCCCCUCAGCGCCUCCACCAGCCACAUCAACCGCGUCGGUACAUCCUUCUCGGUGGACAGGGCCGGGGCCGGGGCCGGAGGAGGUGGAGGAGGAGGAGGAGCGGGGGCCGGCCCCAACGAGACCUCUACCUCAGACAGCGGACGGUCCAGCGGCAAGAGCUCGGCCUCCUUUGGGCGGCUGCAGCCUCUGGGUGACGGGCUGGCCUUCCACUCCCCAUCUACGGACGACGUCAUCCAGGACCUGGAAGACCGACUGUGGGAGAAAGAGCAGGAAGUGCUGCAGAUGCGCCGGAACUUGGACAAGAGCGAGGCCGCCAUCUUCCAGGUGUUUGAGGAGAAGCAGAAGGUGUGGGAGCGGGAGAUGGAGGAGUUGCGGCAGAACUGCGCCCACAAGCUGCAGCAGGUGUCUCGGAAGGCCCAGCGGGCACAGCAGGCCCUUCAGCUGCAGGUCUUCCGGCUGCAGCAGGAGAAGCAGCGGCUGCAGGAGGACGUGGGGCGGCUGCUGAGGCAACGGGAAGACCUGGAGGAGAAGCUGGAGUCCGCCCGGAAGGAGCAGGCGGACGUCCUGCCCAAGAUCGAGGAGACCAAGUGGGAGGUGUGCCAGAAGGCGGGCGAGAUCUCCCUCCUGAAGCAGCAGCUGAAGGACUCGCAGGCGGACGUCUCCCAGAAGCUGAGCGAGAUUGUGGGCUUGCGGGCACAGCUGAAGGAGGGCAGGGCAUCCCUGCGGGAGAAGGAGGAGCAGCUCCUCAGCCUGCGGGACUCGCUGGGUUCCCAGCCUGCCAGCCUGGAGCUCCGCGAGGGUGAGGUGCAGCGCUCCUGGCCCGAGGCCCAGGCCCCGCGUGGCCAGCUUGGACACUGCCAGCGGGAGGCGGCCGCGCUUCAGAGGGCCGGGGCCGUCGACGAGGACGACGGGGACGACGGCCCGGCCGCCUGCGAGAGCGAUGAGGCCAAGAUGCGGCGCCAGGCGGGGGCUGGGGACGGGGGCGACGGCGCGGCCGGGGCGGAGGCGGGCCCUGCGGCGUGGCUGCGGCGGGAACUGGAGCGCCUGCAGGAAGAGCUGUUGGCGGAGCGGCGGGAGCGGCAGCGCCAGGGUGCGGGCUUCCAGGAGGAGCGACGCACGUGGCAGGAGGAGAAGCAGAAGGUCAUCAAGUACCAGAAGCAGCUGCAGCUCAACUACGUGGAGAUGUACCAGCGCAACCAGCAGCUGGAGCAGCGGCUCGGUGGGCUGGCCGGCCCCGGGGCCCUCACCCCGCCUCCAGGUGAUGAGAAGAAGGCGUGGACCCCCUCCCGCCUGGAGCGCAUCGAAUCCACCGAGAUCUGAGGCAGCACGGCCCAAUGGUUGGAGCCCGGGCCUGGAAGUCGGAAGGAUAAGCGGCAUCGCCACCUCGCUGCCGGGUGGCCUCGGGAGAGUCAUUUCACUUCCCUGGGCUUCGGGCCCCUCAACGGGAAAAUGGGGACGGAGGCCAUGGGCCCCAUGUGGG